UCCUCUACCUCAGUGACAGCCAGUCUGGUGUCACCGCCAAAGAUCUGUCACAAGGAGGGGUCCCAGUCACCAGCAGGCACUUACAAUCAACAGAUUGCAAGGAGACAUGCUGCUGCCCAAUUAGAAGACCCAAAGCCGCCGAGGAGAUGGUUGCAACAGGGUGACACUUAUUGCAGCCAUGGAUUCAAGCUUCAUGGUGAUAUUGUCACAGACCAAAGGAUGCACCACAGCCAAAGAGCUGUCAAUCAUCUUGGAAUUAUAGGUGCAUAGACUGAGAAGGGAGUGAUUACUGGGGUGCGGCUCUGCAAGGUCCAGGGUGCUGAGGAGGACUCCAACCCCUUAGGAGACCCCAAAGCUGGAGACAUGACUGUAGUAUCUGGGGAGAAUGUGGAUGAGACCUUGGUAUCCCUCAGUGCCAUGGGGCAAGAGGGCUAUGACCCUGAAAGGGCAACCCAGGACUGCUGUGAGAGGGUGGUCAUAAAUAUCUCAGGGCUUCGCUUUGAGACCCAACUGAGAACUCUUGCCCAGUUCCCCCAAACCUUACUAGGCGACCCCAGGAAGAGAAUGCGCUUCUUCGAUCCUCUAAGGAAUGAGUAUUUCUUUGAUCGCAACCGACCAUGUUUUGAUGCGAUCUUGUAUUACUAUCAGUCUGGGGGAAGGCUUCGUAGACCCGUCAAUGUCCCGGUUGACAUCUUCUUGGAGGAGAUUAAAUUUUAUGAACUGGGAGAGGAGGUGAUCGAGAUCUUUCGGGAUGAUGAAGGAUUCAUAAAGGAAGAGGAGCGACCAUUGCCUGACAAUGACUUUCAAAGACAGGUCUGGCUACUUUUUGAGUAUCCUGAGAGUUCCGGACCUGCCAGGGGCAUUGCAAUUGUUUCAGUCCUCAUCAUUCUUAUCUCCAUAGUCAUUUUCUGCUUGGAGACACUUCCAGAGUUCAGGGACGAAUCGAGGAUGUCGGGUGAACAUCUCUUGGUAAAUGGAACCCAUGCCAAGAAGGACAGUCCCUUCACCGACCCUUUCUUCCUCAUUGAGACCCUGUGCAUCAUCUGGUUCUCCUUUGAACUUUUGGUCAGGUUCUUCGCCUGUCCUAGCAAGCCAGCUUUUUUCAAGAACAUGAUGAAUGUCAUUGACAUUGUGGCUAUCAUACCUUAUUUCAUCACCUUAGGGACCGAGUUGGCUGAGCAGCAAGGUAGCAACGGACAGCAGGCCAUGUCCUUGGCUAUUCUAAGGGUCAUCCGCUUGGUGAGGGUAUUCAGGAUAUUCAAGCUCUCCAGACAUUCUAAAGGUCUUCAGAUCUUAGGGAAGACAUUGCAAGCCAGUAUGAGGGAAUUAGGUCUUCUAAUUUUCUUCCUUUUCAUUGGUGUCAUCUUGUUUUCUAGUGCAGUGUAUUUUGCAGAGACUGAUGACCCUGAGUCUUUAUUUACCAGCAUUCCGGAUGCUUUCUGGUGGGCAGUAGUGUCCAUGACAACUGUUGGGUAUGGUGAUAUGUACCCUCUGACCAUUGGUGGAAAAAUAGUGGGUUCUCUCUGUGCCAUAGCUGGUGUAUUAACUAUUGCACUCCCAGUUCCUGUUAUUGUCUCCAAUUUUAACUACUUUUACCAUAGAGAGACUGACCACGAAGAGCAUUCUCAGUACACCCAUGUAACCUGUGGACAACAGCCCUCUUCUUAUGGAGACCUGAAAAAGAGUGAAAGCAAACAAUCAUUCAACAAAUCGGAUUAUAUGGAAUCAGAAGACAUGGAUGAUGCCAAAUACUCUCACUUCACCACCAAUCAACAUUAUGGAGAACCCAAAAAGUUAACAGAGGUAUGACCUCUUGGUAAGUUCUUCAAAACUGUCAAUAAAUGCUGGUCCCAUGGUUUCAUGACCCCAUCACCAGUCACUGUGGAUAGUCAAAGACUAUACUGUAGAUGUUUGCCAAUGAAAGUCCAUAGCUGUAAGGUUGUCCUGCAAUUAUUAUUGUGUCUCUAGAACUAUGGAUCUUGUGGUUGCAUAAGAAACAUACAUAGUCCACCUUCAAUCUACAAGAAAUUGUCAUAUUGUAUCAAGCUUGUACUUAAUUAUUCCCAGAUCAUCAUCGCUCUCAUCACCCUCAUCAUGAGCGGUGAAUGCAUCUGAGGACACUUGUUUGCUGUUUCCCAAGGAUUAUUAAUAUUUCUUCAUGCAUCAGCUGCAAAUGCCAUCCUUCAGGAAUCACACAGUAGCACAUAAUUUAUAUGGCACAAGCUGCUAUGGAUAGAUUUUUGUAUCAGUGCCAUCUAUGUGAUAAACUCUGAACAACACAACAGUUUUCUAUGGGGAGGACAUUCAGGAGCCACCAGGGUUGAAGACCAACUGUUCUGGAAGAGAGGCGACAAAAACAUCCUAUUUUCCAUUUUAAGAUUUUUGUCCUAUCCCUGCUUCAAAAUCAUCAUUGGGUCCUCAUUAUUAUUAAAAAUUUUGCACACAAAUGGAAAAUAUUACAAAAGAAGAUGACCAUGACGCACUUUAAGAUCAUCCUAAAGCCAUUCUAGGGGGACUUGGGUCAACUUUUUGGUUCGUCUUCUCACCCGGGUGUAUAAACAUCUGCAGUUUUUUGCACAGAUCUUAAUUUGUUUACAUCGUUGCUGAUAAUGAUGGAUUUUUUUAACCCUUUGGCUGCUAGGGAUUCCUGCAACAACUCAUCUAUUUGGAAAGGGUUACAUUUUUUUGUGUUGCUGUUUGUUUUUCCUUUUUGUUAACCAAAUAUCUCCAUAUCUGUAAGUGCCUUCAUUUGUAAGGUAAAAAUUGGGUUCUGUACAUAUUUUAUUUUGACAUAUCUUAGACCAGAAAGUUUGUGAUAGAGACAAACUUUUAUCAAGGGGCCAGAGCUCAAACAGAGGGUCAGAAUUAACGCAUAUUGUGC